UUGCCUCUCAGCAUGGAGGAGACCUACGUCAGACACGUGGAGCUGUUGGGCUUCGAGAAGCGUUCGUACCCGAGUCAGCACUACGUGUACAUGCUGAUGGUGAAAUGGAGCGACCUCGCGGAGAAGGUGAUAUACAGGACGUAUCCCGAGAUCUACACCUUCCACAAAUCUCUGAAGGAGAUGUUUCCCAUUGAGUCUGGCGAGAUAGAAAGGAAGGACCGAAUCAUCCCUAAAUUACCAGCGCCGCGGUGGCUGAUCAGCGAGAAGUCUCCAGAGACCCGACAGAUCACGUUGGCCGAGUACUGCCACGCGCUCGUCAACCUGCCGCCUCACAUCUCCCGCAGCAGGCACCUCGCCCACUUCCUCGCCGUCCGACCCGAGGACGAGAACCCCGCGGCCCCAAACGCGGGGAAAAGAAACGAGACCACAGAGUUGGUCAGAGGAAACGCGUCCGUGAUUUCUGGCCCCAUCAUAUUGGACACCUACAGAGUGAUCGCAGACUUCGAGAAGACCUCCAAACACGAGAUCAACCUGCAGACCGGGGACCUGGUGGAGAUUGUGGAGAAAAAUCAGAACGGUUGGUGGUUCUGCCAGUACGAGUCGAAGCGGGGCUGGAUUCCUGCGUCCUACCUGGAGCCCCUGGACGGGCCGGAGGAGGCCGAGGAAGACGAGCCAAACUACGAAGGAGAGCGGUUUGUCACAGCCAGAGCCUACAAGGCGGAGCAGGAGGACGAGAUCUCUCUGGAGCUCGGUGAAACCAUCACGGUCAUUCACAAGCUGCUGGACGGCUGGUGGGUCGUCAGGAAAGGAGAAGAGACCGGUCAUUUCCCCUCCAUGUUCCUGCACAAGGCCGGCAAGCGAGAGCUGUCCGAAGCAGAGAGGUCCAACCCGCAGGGACAGAAACUACCGCCGCGCAGGUCCACCAUCCGAAACGCCAAGAGCAUCCACAGCAAGGCCCGCCAGCGGCUCAGCCAGGACGCCUACCGCAGGAACAGCCGCCGCUACCUGCAGCAGAGAGGAGGCCCCCCGGCGGGCGAGCCCCGCGGGGGGGCCAAGAGCGCCGCCAAGUCGCCCCUGAGGGAGAGGAAGAUCCAGGACAACAUCCCCGAGUCGUCCGGCUCGGAGAGCGAGCCCAGGAAGGAGACUCCGGUCGUCCCCCCCCGGCCGAGUGCCGAGCUCAUCCUGGAGCGCUGCAGCGACAACACUUGCAAGAGAGUCGGCUCCAUCGGGUCCAGCAGCUAGCGUCGGGAUCCACUGCAGUCAGACCAAGAGAAAUCAUGAAGGUCACGAUGAGCAACAUGAGAUUUCGUGUUUUCUUCCUGAUUUUUUGUUGUUGUUGCAAUUUCUGAUUGUUAACUUUGUAGUAAAUGUAUUUGCUUAAUAAAUAUUUAAUAAAACUAAAAAUUCAUACCUACACUAUUUUCUCGAAUU